AUGCGAUCGGAUGUCGUUUGCGUCUACGAUGAUCGACGAAAUAAGCCCGGUCUCCGAGCUGGGGCGGUCGACCAGCUAUAUCGCCGCGUCGAGACGCUCGAGAAUAUGUUUCUGGGCCAGGAGAUGCUCUGGCAGCAGAUGUGGCAGUCUUUGUUUCCGAACACUGAGCCCCCGCGAUCCCUGGCCAAGGGGACCACGGCAGCCACGACCCUGGCGGAGCGUCGGGAGCAGCUGAAGGCCUCAGUACUAGACUCUGCAAAUGUGGCGACAAAAAGAACGAGCACAGAAGCAAUUACACACGAUUAUUUGCCACCAGAUUGUGCUCCUCCCCAAGCCAAACGCGCCCGCGUGGGAAGUGAGCUGGCUUACCAUGCGGUUGCUCUAGAAUCUGAGUCUCGCGUGGCCAGCCCCUUACCUGAUGCCGUCUUGACCGAACUCGUCGAUUUUUACUUCACCAAUAUACAUCCAUGGAUACCGAUACUACACGUCAAGAAAUUUCGCGAGCGGAUGCGAUCGCCGGAAGAACGAAAGCACAUAAAUUGCAUCUUACAUGCCAUUGUCUCUGUCUGCGCCCGCUUCUCACAAAACAAACAAUAUGGCGAUACGUUGGAUAUGAAAGAGAUCGCCAAGAAAAGUCGACAAGAGGUAAUCUUGCAGAGCACCGAAACCUUCUCGGUCGAGAAUCUACAGGCGCUGGUGAUUGUCGCAUUUGAAACAAUAAAUCGCGGUCGCGGGCCCUCGUCAUGGUCUAUGAUUGGCAGCAUGGCGGGAACCGUAGAGCAACUUCAACUUGGAGUAGAAGAAGAUGACCUAUAUCGCGUCAAGGGCAUGGGGGAACGGCUAAUCAGGCGCAUGGUUUUUCUUACACCAUCACGGUCGUGGAGCGAAGCGGAGGAGCGGCGACGUAUAUUCUGGGCCGUCUUUCUCAUGGACCGCUUCUGCAGCGUCUCUACAGGCUGGAAGAUCAGUCUGAGAAAUGCGGAUGUGAAGCGCCGUCUUCCAUGUGAAGGCGCUCUAUGGGAGAAGGAGCAGGAAGUCUGCACCCCGUAUUUUGGAAUCUCUGAUAUCAAGAACACUACCCUUUCUAAUAGCCAUUCCGCUACGAUAGAUGGCUGUGAAGAGCAGGCCAUCGGCGCUUUUGCGUACAUAAUUGAGGCUACUGAAUCACUGGCCCUUGUGACCAACUUCUAUCUCCACCACGCCUUUCUGAUUAACGAUGCUAGCAAGGCACGAUUAUGGCUGGUGAAAUUCAAGGAACUAGAUUUGCGACUAAUUCAAUGGAAAAUCCACCUACCUCCUAAAUGGCGCGAAGCCUGCGUCCUCAACGAACAGAGAGUCAUGGAUCCAAAUCUGACUCUGGCGCACAUAACCCACAACACGGCGGUAAUUCUGCUACAUCAAGGCAUUGCUUAUCCACCAGCGCACUGGCAGAAAUGUCCCAUUAGACUCCCGUCGGCAUCCUCCGCCGAUACGUGCUUGGAAGCAGCUUCAGAGAUAGCAACUAUUGCUGAUCAAUUCUUGUCCUUUUCUCCCAUUUUCACGAACCCCCAGUUUUCUUUCUGUCUAUUUAUCGCCGGCCGCACACUCCUCGCACACGCUAGGCACAAUAGGGUGCCGCCAUCCCAGGCUCUCAACACCUUAAUUGCAAACCUGAUGGAGAUCUCACAGCGAUGGACAAGACAGCAUGAUGGCAGUCAAGCCCAGCAGGAGGACAGCCUAGCAUUCAAAUUCGCAACUAGGCUGACAGAAGCCCAGCAGAACCGAGCCCGUGUAUCUCGUCCGAGCCUGGAUAUUCGCACGACCGCCUAUUCAGAUGAGUCUAAGGAGGAGAUGUACAAGGAUCUCGCGGGAACAAACUCGGAUGAUCCACCAGAGUAUGAGUCGCUUGGUGGACCAUUGCAGCUGGCCUCGUUCCCCUCGCAGCAGGCUACUUAUGGCUCAUUCGACCCAUUCAGCCUAGCCUUCCCACCGCUGCCACCAGCCUUUCAGCAGGAUUUCUCGCCGACUGGUCUAGAUCCAUUUUCUUUUUAUAAUAUGCAACUGCCAUCAGAUCCUAGUAUCUCUUCUCCGCUUGAAACCCGCAGUCACGAGUCAGGUUCCAGGCAUGAUUCGGAGAGUUCCAUGACUAGUCUCAUGCCGACAGAUAUCUCGCACCUCUUCGAUGUGACAUCUAGCCCAGGACAGCGGAUUAGUUAUUACGGCAAUACGCGGGGCCUAACCAAGGACUCGGUGACCGACGGAAAUGAGAAUCAGUAA